CUCUGUUAAUAGGUGUACAACAUGUUUCAGCACCAGAGCCUCGGGAUUAAAAUUAACAUUCAAGUCACCAAGCUGGUCCUGCUGCGACAACGCCCGGCCAAGUUAUCCAUAGGGCACCAUGGUGAGCGGUCCCUGGAAAGCUUCUGUCACUGGCAGAAUGAGGAGUAUGGGGGCGCCCGGUACCUUGGCAAUAACCAGGUACCAGGAGGGAAGGAUGAUGCACCUCCUGUGGAUGCCGCUGUGUUUGUGACCAGGACAGAUUUCUGCGUUCACAAAGAUGAACCGUGUGACACCGUUGUGGUGGGAGCUUAUGCGCUUCACAUGAACUCAGGAUCCUGCAGAACAGAAGAAGGCAUUGGAUCCCCUGGAACUGGAGUUAUAGACAGUUGUGAGUCACCAUGUGGGUGCUGGGAAUUGGAUGUGGAUCCUCUGGAAGAACAGCCAAUGCUCUUAACCAUUAAGCUCUCUCUCCAGCCCCCUCAGGGUUCUUAUGAGGAUAAAGGGGGUGACUGAACACAUCCACUCAUUUGGUAGUUUUCAAGAAUCAGAAAAUAUGGCUGGAGGGAUGGCUCGGAGAUUAAGAAUAUAUGCAGAGGACCACGUUUGGUUCUCAUGGCCUGUGUCAGAUGGCUCACAUCCACCUGGAAGUCCAGUUCAGCAGAUCUGACACC